GCGACUCUGAGCUGGCCGCAACACUUCUACGCUACAACGGCUCUGACUUCGAAGGUGUGGAGAUACCUAGGCUACUGCCUUUUUUCGUCCGAACUCACCCACGCUCGCGCAUUUGUCGGCGGUGGUCGGCUGCUUGCGCUUGAAGUCACCAGACUCGCUUGUGACAGGUUGCUGGAGCGUACCCUUGGUGGCCCUUCUGCUUCAAGCAGACGAGCAGCCACCAUGUCGCGCUCUCAUGAGCAUCACGCCGCCAGGGAUCUCCACGACGAUUCGAGGGCGCUGCUGGGUAGAGAUGGCGGCCCAGCCUCGACAGCAUCCGGCUCCAAGCGGCCACGAUCUCCCGGCGCUGGUCCCGCCCCAGAUUACGACUACGAUUACUACGGCUCAGCUGACUGGUACGGAGGGGCAUCAGACCACUAUGGUAUUCCUUCCUCAGCUGGUCUUCCACGGGACCCGUGGUAUGAGUAUGGAUACGAAGACCGGGACAGAGCAAGAGGGGGGCGGUACAGAGAAGAAUGGGAGGCGUACUACCGAGAAAAGGAGUGGGAGGAGUACUAUGCUCGCCGCGCAUCCGCUGGUGCCGUCCCGAGAGAUGAUCGAUAUGAUCUUCGUCAACGGAUCGAAGGCAUGGUUCCGGGAGAUGUGGAUCCGUAUGCGAGAGACCAUCCUCGUGGAGAUCCUCGCAGCGCGUAUGGCGCACCUCAGCCCCUGGGAGGCGCUGGCGGAGUCGAGGUUGGGCCUAUGGCAGGCCCCGCUCAAGCGGAUGCUUCAGGCCGCCCUCUUUCGGCCUCGACUCGGCCGGAUCCGCUGCAAUCCGACCACCUCAUGCCGUUUAGGGCCUACGUGCAAUAUCACAAGUCUAGCGGCAAGACUUCCGAGCCGACCGGCGAUCUCGGCCAGGAUUACCAGUCAUACCGGGCACAAGUGCAGAAGCGCCAGAUGUGGAAGUUCUUCGAGACAAGAAAGGAAGAUAAGUGGUUCAUCGAGCGGUACAGCCCUGCCGAGGAGCACGCCAAGCAGCGUCUCGCAUGGAAGAAGGCCGGAAGGGAAGGCAGAAAGGAGAAAUGGAUUGCAGAGCUUAAAGAGGGUCGACUGGACAAGGUUUGCUUCGAUUUGAAGCAGGCCAAGAAGGAGCCUUCCUCGACACCCGCACACGAGCCUAAAGCAAAACUCGACUCGACAGCUGACGGCGAAAAGGAGGCCAAAGCUGCAGAUGGCAAAGAGGCGGAUGAUAAGGAAACCGCCGAAGCUUGCGAUGAGCAAAAGGAUUCUGCGAGGACAGAGGCUAAAGUUGAGCCGGGAUUGGAGGCAAAUGACCAUAACACCUCCGCAUCAGGUCAAGCAAAGGGACAAGCAGGGGUGGAGGGUCGGCGUCGAGGUAACAGCACAGCACAGAAGCCCUUCCGCAUUACAACUCGCUUCGGAGAAGAGAAGGAUCAAGGGCGUGACGAACUCAUUCCGCCGAAUCCGCUGCAGCUGCUCGUGCAGAACAUUUCGCCGGAGAUGGAGAGGAUAGAGCUGGAAGAACGCUUUCGAAAACACGCAGGCAAGGCGUUUAGAUAUCUCGCCGUCAGCGAUCCGCGAGAGGGCAAGAGAUGGACCAGAAUGGGCUAUGCUGUGUUCGAUGAGGGGACAGAUUUAAAGCCUAUCAAGGAAGCAAUGAAUGAGGAGAAGAUCGCAGGCCUCACGCUCAAUGUUACAUUUAGCGACCGAGCAGGGAUGUCACGCGUCCAGAUGGCACCCGAGGUGGCGGGCUCCGCCCGUCGCCUCAAACACGACCUACAACAGGCCAAAGCACUCAUCGCCAAGCUGGAAGCGGAAGAUCGCGACGAGGUCUUCGCUCCUUCACUUGACACAGCUGCUCAGUCCCACGAUGCAGACGGCGAAAGCGAAAGCAAUGGGCGGCGCGUCACAGCAGAUGACAUCGCUAUUGAGCUGCCUGCGUCGCUGUCGCAGAGCGCCACUGCACUGAUUGAGGAGAGGUGCAGCGAGCUGGGCUUGCCGCUCUCCGAAGCAGUAGCUGCCGUACCUGAUGACGCCGAGGUCACAGCGAAAGGCGACGAGCUGGAACGAGUGCGCGACAUACUCAAGAAACACCUGGAUCUUCACCUCGACGCUCUGCGUCAGGUGUAUCACACCGACUAUUACUCUGGCCUGAUACGAGAUUUCCCCGAAGAGCUCAUCAGGCGCUCGCCCAUCUCAGUCAGGAGGGCACCAGUUGAGCCUGCACAUGAACCUACGAGUACCGCCGCUGGCACCGAUGCUUGGUGUAAAAAUGUCGACACUCGCAUUGACAUGCUUCUCAAGCCUGAGACGCUCGAUCUGGAAGAACUCGGUGGCAAGACGAUCGAGAAGGAAAUGACCGAGAUCGCGGCUCCGUACAUCAAGCAAGAGGACAAGGACAAGCAUCGCUGCAUGGUUCAAGUUGAUGGUGCGCCUUGCAGUAAACGUUUCGUCGCGCCUGGCUUCGUCCAGAAGCAUAUCAGAAACAAGCAUAAAAAGUUCCUUGAGGAUUUGGCAGCACCGAGAAUAGAGAAAGCCACCUUUUUCAACAACUAUGUGUUCGACCCCUGCCGACCGAUGCCAGGACAGAACAACCGCCAGGAAGGCGCGAACGGCGCAGGUUACAAUGCCGGCGGCGCACCAUUCAAUCUCAGCAACAUGUCGCCUCCAGAGAUGAUGGCCAUGAUGGCGCAGAUGAUGGGCGGCCAGAUGCCCUUUGACAGGUCGAUGAUGGACCGGAUGAUGGGUGCCGGCCCUCCGCCAGGCAAGCGCGCGCGGCGGGGCGGAGGAGGCGGCGCCAGCGCCGGUGGAAGUCUGGGCGCGAGGUUGGGCGGCAAGCCCCGUGAUCGCGAACGCGAUCGUAGAGGCCCUCGCUACGAUGGACCAGCUCCCGAACCGCUGCCAUCUGGCCCGCUUGACCCGAGAGCGUCACAUGGCAAGCGCAGCUACCAAGACCUCGACAGCAUUCCUGCUGCAGAAAAAGACGUCGAGUUGGAGUACUAAAUGUAAUAAGGUUGCUAUGUUACACGAAGCCAAAGCAUGGACGCUGUGGAAAUGAAGAUGCGGGGGCUCAAUCACCAUUGUACCGCCAGACCAUUCGUCUCUUCAGUAGGAAGUGCUCUGUAUUGUGUACGCAGCAGCUUUUCGCGCGGUAUU